AUGGAUGUGGACAACCCCAGCGCGCCUGUUGCGUCGACCAACCCAACGACCUCAAUUAUUGUUCCUGAAGGCCUGCGACUGCAUACGGAAAAUACGACGCAUCUUUUGCUGGCCGCGGACGAGGCGUUCCUCAACCCCGUGCAGGAGUUCAACCGCGACCUGAGCAUAGCAUGCAUCCGCACCUGGAGCGAGAUGCGCGAAAAGGAGAGGCAGGCGAAGCGAGAAGCUGGAAGAGCGCGAAAACGGGCGAAGGCGGCGAAGGACGCAGAAGCGAAGGAUGGAGGUGGGAAGCAAGAAGGGGAAGCGCCGAAGGAGGUGGAAGCUGAGGCGUCCAAGCCAGCACCCCUCAAGACCACCAUUCUUGAAGCCCUGUCGGCGACGGGACUCCGCUCCAUCCGAUACGCCAAAGAGAUACCUCUCGCACAUCGCGUCAUCGCGAACGACAUCCUCCCUGCCGCUGCCGAAGCCAUUUGUCGCAAUGUGGACAUUAAUGGCCCUCUGGCUCAAGAGCGCGUACAUGUCAACGAAGGGGACGCAUGCGCACUACUCUACAGCCACCGGUCAUCCCCAGUCGACGUUGUUGACCUCGACCCGUACGGCACGGCUGCGCCUUUUAUUGACGGCGCCGUACAAGCCAUCCGCGACGGUGGCCUGCUAUGCGUGACUUGCACGGACUUGGCUGUACUAGCGACGGUGAACUAUCCCGAAAAAUGCUACUCGAACUAUGGUGGCGUCUCUGUCAAGGCGGACUACUGCCAUGAAUCUGCCCUCCGCCUCCUCCUUCACUCCCUCGCCACCGCCGCUGCAAGAUACGGGCGCGCCAUCGAGCCGCUUCUGUCCCUCUCCAUCGACUUCUACGUCCGUGUGUUCGUACGCGUGCGCUAUGCAGCCAUCGAGGUCAAGCGCUUGGAACUCGACACCCCUUUCUACUUCACGCCCGCGCGCGUAGCAGGGCACUUCCACUGCGUGACACCCUCGUUGGACGAGACUGCCUCCGCCCUCCUCCACGCCGGCUACGCCGUCUCCCGCUCGCACGCCGCUGCCGGCUCGCUCAAAACGGACGCACCCACCCGCGCGCUGCACGACAUCUUCCGCGCCUGGGUCAAGACACAUCCGGUGAACCGCGAAAAGAUAUCUGCGGGCUCGCCGACGUUGAAGUUGUUGGAUAAGGAGGGGAGCUUUGAGGCGAACUUCAAGCGGCACCCCGACACCGUCAGCGCGUCGUCGAAGGUCAAGCUGGUGCGGUAUCAGGUGAAUCCGACGGCGAAUUGGGGUCCCGGGACGAAGGCGGGCGGGAAGCGGAAGCGGGGGAAGGAUGACGAGGGCGAGCAGUGAAGGAUGAGGGAUCGCAGUAGGGAGAGUGAAAGCGAGCAAUAAAGGACGAUGACUGCAAGUAGUGAAGGUCGAGUCCGCAUCAGGAUGAGUUCCUAUACUUGGCGCGAUGCUGCUUUGCGGGUCGCAGGAGGUAG